AGGACAUGGACCUUGGAAAGAUGGGAAGGUGCGAUGGCAAUGUCUUCAAACAUAUGAACUUUGUUCUGGAUGAGCUGUGGAACCAGGGGGUCUACCAACACCAGUUGCUUUUCUUGGUGGACCCUGAGAUCUGGGAGGUGGAGAAAAGUGGAGGCUUGGCAUGGCGAAGUGGAUGGACGUCACCGGACAGGUGGCAGCGUUCUCUUUGUGCACAGAAGCGGCCAAGUCUUGCUGCCAGGCCAGUUGGAGCAAGCGUUUUUAUCAAGACAGGGGACAGCAUGGUGCCGCUGAGUGGGAAGUGGAAGUCACCAGCUGGUUGGUCAUUCGACAUCUAUGACUCAGCAAAAGUACAGCGGGCACUGACAGAUCGUCCGCACGAGGUUAGCCUUGACAGUGGUGAUUUGUCGAUGAAUUUCUCAGGGGCACUUCGCCUAGGUGCACUGAGGCCUGCCCUGUUGCCACCAGGUGCGGCGCCUGCGGGCAGUGCACUUGUUCUGCAGGUGGCUUUGCUGAAUGAUGGACAAGUGGCAUGGCGGCGAGGGGCAGAGAUUUGCCAAGCAGGUGGCAAUGCCUCCAUGGGUUUCACAGGAUUUUGCUUGAAGAACUGGGAAAUGUCGACUUCCUGUGAAGAAGUGCUUGUUGGGGAACUGGUUGAGCUUUACAUCACAAUUCCAUUGCCAGCGGAGCAAGAUGUGAAUGGCUUGCAGCAGAGCAAGUUUUCUCUUUGUGAUCUGUCAAAGAAGCCUUUCGGUAUCGUCAUGAGUUUCCAUUUCUACUUCGAGAGGAUCCGAAGUCCUGUGAGUUUGGCGAUCAAAAUGGAGAGCGGAAGACGCUUGUUGAGCUGCUAAGCCAGCUCAUCAAACUGAAAGGCAUCGGCAUGCUUGAGAAUUGAUGUUCAUGAGGCUUCGACUGCAGCUGUGACAGGCAACAAUUGAG